AAUGGUCGAAAAGCAGCUCAUUCCCCGCAAAUGGCCCUGCCAGUGUGCCAGUGGGAGAUUCCCGGAGGGCUUCUGACGCCACCGAUGAGUGAGUGGCGUGCGAGAGGGUCGAUGACCAUCAGGUCUGCUCGGCGUUUUUUCGCGUAGAGUUGAAAGAUCGAUCCUCCAUCAACUCGCGGGGACUGGAAAUAGAAGAAAUUUGAGUAUCGGAGACUUCUAAUUGAAGAGUGGCUUUUCACAACAAGAAUAAACAUCAAGACUGAACAGAGUUCAAUUUUGACGUUAAUUCUUGUUCCGUGGACACUUUCUCACUAGUACAUCGAGUCUCCAAAACGAGCUGUUGAUGCUUAUCAGGUAUGUGAUCGGAUGCUGUGCAUCACCUACAGUGAUCCCAUCAAUCAUGAACCAACUCGGAUUUUUGUCUUCGGUCCAGUUCAACAAGUCGAUACAUCUUCGGUGCAGCAAUCCAGGCCUGGAUUUAGUCCUGUGACUCUCGAAUCUAGGAACUUCUCUGCACAACCGACCAGCUGCCGAUGAACGGGUCGAUGUCGAUCAACUUCCUGGAUGGUUCGAAAAGUGCCAGAGGGUAGCAUAGUUGCAAGACAUCUCGACCCCGAGGACGAUCGUGACUGCGCAUGGGGUCGUAAUAUCUGGCCUCCGAAAGAGAAGAGUAGUUUCUAGAUGAUGAGGCGAUGUUUGUUUCUAGUUUCUAGUUUCACGAUGUUGAUCUUGAAUUCCAACGAGGACCGGACGGGAGGGCGUUUCCGAAUGCACUGUCGAUGAGACCCGCAUCGCCAGUCUGAAGUGUCUCGGGAGUUUCACUCGAGAGGGAUCGAAAGAAGGUGAUGAGAGUAGCUUCGUUCAGAAGAUGGCAGAAGACUUCCGAGACUGCUCUCUCGAUCAUCGACUUCGAAUGUACUCACGAGGAGGAGGAACACAUGCAUCGGAUCUGAACAUGAGAUCGUGACAAAGAACUUGGAGAUCGUCCUCAUGCCCUUGCCAAAUCACGACCAGAAGAAGGACAAAUCAUUGAACACAUGCAUAUGUUCUGAAUAAAUGCUCGUCUCGUUGAGGAGAGGAGACGUGGCUCCAUGCUUGGACUGAUUUGUCUCCACAUUGCUCGCAAAUCCGACGAGCCAAACGUUCUCCCUGUCGCAGAAGAAGGCAGCGAGAUUCGUAAAGCUGAGUGCUAUUCUUCUGAUGAAUUCGAUAAGAAUCCAGCAUGCAUCAUGAAAUGUCUAGCAGGAACUAGUCAAGUGCUGCUCAUCUGAGAUAUCGGACGUCAGGAAUUAUAUGCAAUAUAGUGCUAUCCCAGUCAAUGAAUUACACAGACGAAUCUGAAAAGGCAGCACACAAGGAUCGCGGUGCAGCUUGGAGCCUUCGUAUAUCUUUCUAUCUAUAAGUUCAAGAUGAGUUUGAUUCAACACUUUCCAGCACUUUCCAUCUGCAAUUUGGCCACUUUCAUUCGCCUAGAUGUCUGAAUAGCACAGCACAGAUAGAUACACAGCAUAGAUACACAGCAUCUGUGCUUCACGCACAGAUGCUGUGUAUCAAUGCCGUGUGUGGUUUGGUUAUGUAUUUUGAGUUCCUAGUAAAAGCUUGUGACCCAUUUCUGCAAUAUAGGAUAUGUUUCAACUGUAACAGCAGCAUUGGUCAUGACAUACAAUUAGUUGACAUACAAUUACUCCUUACUUUGACAUAUGACAUACCUUACUUUCUAUGUUCACAUCCAUGUUCAAUUUGUUGUAUAUUUUAGCGGAUCUAGUUGAGUGAAAGAGUCAGCUUUAGCUUUUGUUUAUAACCAUCAACUAUCUUGUUUGUCUACCGUUGGCUAUGUUUCACAUUAUGAGCCUCUGUUUUUCCUUGGCUCUUUUUGUCCCUAAUAGAUCAGUCGGUGGAGGGGAUGGUGUAGGAUUUUCUUGGGAAAGGUCUACAGGUGAUUAUGAUGGAGGGAGUAGUUUUGGUGGUGGAGGUGGACAUGAAGAUGGAGGAUUUGUUGGAAGGAUUAGUGUCGGUGAUGGUGCUCGUGGCCA